AUGGAGCCCUCCACCCUCCUCUCCUGCUCCCAUCGUCCCCUCUCUCCGCUCGGCGCCUCCUCGUCCUCUGUCCUCGUCCUCGUCAUCUCCCUUCACAGCAUCAAUCACCCAUCAACAGCCGUGGGAUACUCUUCCCUUCCUCUUUCCGCUCAUCGUCGUCUUCUUCGAGGAGGGGAGGGGGAGGGGGAGGGGGAGGGAGCGCUUCGUCUCGUUCGUGCGAGGGCCGCGGCGGGGGUGCUCGACGGAGGCCGAGCGAAAAAAGCCCGCGGCGGCGGCGGCGGCGGCGGAGGGGGAGGGGGUGGGGCGAGAGAGUGUACCUGGCAAUCUCAGGCGCAGAAGGACAGUCCUGUGGAAAGUGUCGAGAAAAGUCCUUGUGCAAAACCGAAGAAAUUCAACUUUCCUGGAGAAAACAAAUCCUUCGGUCAACUGAUUCAAAUGGUCCUGUCGCCGCUGGGUCUGAUUUGCUAUCAGGGUUCUAAUUUGAAGAUUGAAAGAGAGUCAAAACAGAAGCUGAAUGAAAAUAUUUGUUUACAUUGUCUUUCUUUUUCUUUUCUGCUAGGUCGUAACUUUGGGGACGAUGGCCUAUUCUUUCUUGCCGAAAGUCUUGGUUACAAUCAGAGUGCGGAGGAAGUGGACUUCUCUGGCAAUAGCAUAACAGCAGCUGGAUUAAAAGCUUUUGAUGGUAUUCUUCAAAUAAAUACCACUCUUAAAUCUCUCAACCUUUCUGGCAAUGCCAUUGGCGAUGAGGGAGCCAAGUGCCUUUCAGAUAUUUUGGCGGGAAAUGCAGGUCUUCAAAAACUCCAGCUGAACAGUACUGGUAUUGGGGAUGAGGGAGCAAAGGCCAUUGCAGAGAUGCUGAAAAAGAAUUCUACUUUGCGUGUUUUGGAACUUAACAACAACAUGAUUGAAUAUAGCGGCUUUGCAAGUCUUGCUGGAGCACUUCUUGAGAACAAUACAAUUCGGUCAAUACAUCUCAAUGGGAACUAUGGUGGAGCUCUAGGUGCAGCAAGUUUAGCAAAGGGAAUUGAAGGAAACAAGUCUCUAAGGGAACUUCACUUACAUGGAAAUGAUAUUGGAAAUGAGGGGGUGCGAGCGCUAAUGGUGGGAUUGUCUAGCCAUAAAGGGAAAGUAACACUUAUAGAUCUUGGCAACAAUGAGAUUGGCUCAAAAGGUGCUUUCCAUGUUGCUGAGUAUAUUAAGAAAACAAAGUCCUUGCUGUGGUUGAAUCUUUACAUGAAUGACAUAGGUGAUGAGGGAGCUGAAAAGAUUGCAGAUGCUUUAAAGCAGAACCGAACUAUAACUACCAUAGAUUUGGGUGGUAAUAAUAUUCAUUCAAGUGGCGCAAGUGCAAUAGCCAGGGUUUUAAAGGACAAUUCUGUCCUGAGCACAUUGGAGUUAGGGUACAAUCCCAUAGGACCUGACGGGGCAAAGGCUUUAUGCGAAGUUCUCAAGUUCCAUGGGAAAGUAGAGAUACUAAAGCUUGGCUGGUGUCAGAUAGGAGCAAAGGGUGCAGAGUACAUUGCAGAUUGUUUGAAGUACAAUACGACGUUGCAGACUUUGGACCUACGAGCAAAUGGACUUGGAGAUGAUGGUGCAGUAUGCUUGGCAAGCAGCUUAAAGAUAGUUAAUGAAGCUUUGACAUCACUCGAUUUGGGCUUUAAUGAGAUAAGAGAUAGGGGAGCAUUUGCUCUCGCACAAGCACUUAAGGCGAAUGAAGAUAUCGCUGUCACAUCCUUAAACCUUACAAGCAAUUUCCUUACCAAAUACGGACAGGUUGCCUUAACUGAGGCUCGUGACUUCGUAUACGAGAUGAAUGAAAAGGAGAUCAACAUAUACUUUUAGCUGCCUCUGACUUGCCCCUCUCUCUCUGUCUUUACCCUGCCUUGUGGUAAAUGCUCGAAAAUAUACUGGCCGUGCUGAGCAAGUUGUAAUGUUGUUUUGUGCGAUGCAAAAGGGGAUCUGAUCAAACUCGGUUUUUUGUUCGGAGAGGAAAAUGUUUCAUCAGCGAGAGCAUAUAGCAUGCACAGCUGCUUCAAGUUUUGGUUUUUUUUUUUUUAUUUUUUGUGUUUGGGUGAGUCGAUGUUAGCAUUUCCUUUUUGACAUAUAAUUUUCCAACUUUUUGGAUUAUUCUUAGAAAUAGCUUUUUUUCUUUUCAGAGACUAGAAUUUCAAAUUUGUUAUGAAGAGCACUACGGACAAUCUUGCUGUAAGAGAUUUAAAGUGUUAAAAUUCCAGUUUAUUGAAUCGUCUGAGAAA